AUGGAUGCCUCCAUGACAAGCCUCAAAGGCCUGGGCACCUGGCAGCGGUACAAGCUCGGCCAGCAGCAGUUCACAAAAUGGCUGCGCCAGACAUCAACCAAGCUCACCGCGUCGCGUCAGGCCGAGGAGCCCGCGGCAGAACAGGCCAACGGUGAUGGGGACAGCGCGUCAGUCAAGUCCAAGACGCGCAAGAAGAAGACCACCAAGGUUCCCCUAGAGGAUGACGCGCGAUUCGUGCACUGGACGGAGCUGGAGCGCAUGGCGCAGGUAGUGGCUAGCCAGGCGUCGCCCGAGGAGAUCCCCGCCGCGCCGAUUAAUAUUCUGCGCGACGUGGUGACCCUCCGCAAGAAGAGCGCGCGCUUCUUCAACAGCAGCGACGCCCAGGACGAGGAAACGCGGACCAGGAACGCAGGCCACGAGCACAUCAUCAAGGUGCUGGAGCGCGUGCUGGGUCUGCUCGAGGGAGCGGUCAAGUCAGUGCGGAACGGUGUCGCUGGGGGGGUGAAAGGAGCGCAGGCUAAGGACCAGGCCAAGCACGCUACCGGCGUGAGCACGGCCGACCUGGCCAACAUGUUUGAGUAUCUCAAGGUGGAGGCGCCUGCGGAGGACGAGGAUGCAGACGAAGAUGACGAGUCGGAGACUGAAAGCAUCAUGAGCAAGUCGACCCGCGGGUCGAAGCGGAGCGGCAAAAAGAAGAAGCCUGGCAAGAGGGGCGGCAAAACCAAGGCCUCCAAGAAGGAGAGACAGGGGAGCACGGAAACGCAAACCUCGUCCAGUAACUGGGUCGAUUCGUACAGCAUUGGGACGGCCGAGCCCGACGGCGAAGACGACGAGGAGCUCGACGUCUACACCCUUCUCUACUGCUUCUUUGUCGAUUUUAACAAGAUCCGGGACUACGUCCGCGAGAGGUGGUGCGACUACUUCUUCGACAGCUCCGUGUCGCUGGACAAGCUGGCCGUCGUCACCAAUGCCGCCUGUCAGCUUUUUUACGACCUGCAGAGCGAUCUCGUGCGCACCCUUAAGAAGGCCGGUGCGUCCGAGCUGGCCGACUACGGGGCCAUGUGGGGCAUGCUCUUCGUCACGUACGGCCUGGAGCACGUGGAGUACGGAGAGGACGAGGAGAGCCUUCUGACGGCAGAAGAGCGGGACGAGAAGAUCUGGAAGCAGGAGGCGGACUGGCUCGGCAUGCCGGCCUAUUUCUCCAUCGAGAAAACCCUCAGACAUAUCCCGCCGGGCAAGGUCCCCAUGAUGCGCCCCGGUGAGAUCCGCCAGCCGGUAUACGGUGCCACGACGCCAGAGGGGCUUUCGAUCUUCACGGACAGGGCCGUGAACCAGAUGCUGUUCGACACGGUGAUUGUCAAGGCGCUCAAGCACAACAACCAGGAACCGCCGUCGCUGCCGGCAGAGACGUGCCUGCAGAUGGCCUUCCAGGCGGCGCUGCGUGAGAAGCAAUACACCCCGGCCUUCGUCCUGAGCCUGCAGCUGUACGUGGACAUUCGGUACAUUAUGGAAGAGCGCGUGGUGGAGGCGUUCGGGGAGAUGCAAGUGACGGCGAAGAAAGCGCAGCAGGUGCUCAAAGCGCACUUGGACAAGGCCACCGGCCCGCGGUACCACCUGAAGGGCGAGAUGCGGCAGACCCUCAAGAUCCUCGAGCACUAUGCGCUAGAGGACUUCACGCUGGAGGACAGGAGGUUGCGCUUCCUGAAGCAGGGCGAGGACCCAGAGAUAGAGCCUUUUACACUGUACAAGUAUGACCCGAUCUGGGCCGGGCUGCUCGACAUGCGGACCAAGGUGACCAUGAGCGACCUUGGGCACGAAUUCGUGCGGUACUCGCCCGUGGUUGAAGCGGCUGCGUUCAUCUACAGCGCGGCGAGAGCAUGUUUCGAGGGAAACGAGGGCAAGGGCCUCCUGCCUGCGUGGCCGGUCAUGGACAAGUAUUUGGCAACCUUUCUCCCGGAGAGCGAGUUUGCGAGGACUAUUGCGGCGGGCAAGGAUGAUCCGGUGCGAUUGCUUCUGUCAUUUGACAGGAUAUCCCGAAAGUUCCAGCCCUUUGGGGAACCCAAGUCGCCGAUGCUGCCCGGGGUAGGCGGUGAGACGUAUGUUCCCACAUUCGGGUACAGGAAUGCAUUGUUCCAGCACCUCGACGGAUUUGGCUCUAUCAAGCAGGACAAUCUGUACCUGGUCAAGAUCCUUUUGCUCCACCUGCACGUCGAGGAAGUCAAGUGGGACGCGCGCGAAGAGGCGCGGAAGCGAGCGAACGGGUCCGGAGAGGUUGCGGAGGUCGUUCCGGAUAUGACCCUGAUGAAUGACCGCGAGUGGUGCAAGCGCAAGGCGGAGAAGCUGGAGGCAAGGUAUGCACAGAUGGAUCCCGUGGAGAUUCUCGGCAUUCUGGAGAGCGUUUUGGCCGAGCUGGACGAGCUGCUCGACCUCGACUACUUCCAGCUGCAUGACCAGAGCGUGGCAUUCCUGAAGAAGCUGAGCCAAGCGUUGGGUUCCGAGUUCCAGGCUCGGGUUGGCUAUGUAGCCAGGAAAGACGACUGUCUGCCGGACAUGUUGGCAAGAGUGCCUGUAUGCCUAGGCGAGCUUUUGGUCAAGAUGUCUGCGGAGGAUGCAGAGCAGACACAGCACAUGUUUUCGGUGGUCGCUGGUUGCUUGCGCGAAAUGCACCAUCCAUCUCAGUGA